AUGCACAACACGGCCUCGUCACGGCACAAAUUCUCCGCCGAAGGAUUAUCUGUUUUCUGUUUUGAGAUAUGGGGUGAGGUUAUCAGUGAUACUGAGAUUCCGGAAUUCGAUAAUUUAUAUCUGGACAUGAAUGGAAUAAUACACAACUGCUCCCAUCCGAAUGACGAUGAUUUCAAGUUCAGGAUAUCACAGGAGCAAAUUUUCGCGGAUAUUUUUGCUUACAUUGACAAAUUGUUCAACAUCAUACGUCCAAAAAAGGUUUUCUUUUUGGCUGUGGACGGCGUAGCUCCAAGAGCUAAAAUGAACCAGCAACGCGCAAGAAGAUUCAUGUCUGCACGCACGGCUGAGGAACAGCUUCAAGCGCAUAUUCGCAAAGGAGAGGAACUCCCCAAGGAGAAGCGCUUCGAUUCAAACUGCAUAACCCCGGGUACUCUUUUCAUGGCAGAGUUGCAUGAGCAACUUGCAAAAUGGCUGGAAAAGAAGGUUGAGAAGGAUCCCGCUUGGCAUGGAAUUCGGGUAUUUCUGUCAGGACAUGAUUGUCCUGGAGAAGGUGAACAUAAAAUAAUGGAUUUCAUAAGACACGAAAGGACCUUGGAUGGAUAUGAUCCUAAUACUCGCCAUUGUAUGUAUGGACUUGACGCUGAUCUCUUAAUGUUGGGAAUAUGUUCGCACGAGCCUCAUUUCUCUCUCUUACGAGAGGAAGUGAAGUUCACUCGACCUCCCAAAAGCUCAUCUUCGAAUCCUAAGAGGGUUAACCCUUCGCAAAUCAAUUUCCACCUCCUACAUCUUUCUUUACUGAGAGAGUAUCUUUCAUGGGAGUUCUAUCCACUGAAGGCUACACUGCCAUUUCCUUACGAUAUGGAGCGGAUUAUAGAUGACUGGGUGCUAAUGGGUUUUCUUAUUGGUAAUGACUUCAUUCCUCAUUUACCUUAUGUUCAUAUACAUGAUGACGCACUGCCACUACUGUACAAGACUUACAUACAAGUUCUCCCCACUCUGAAAGGUUACAUCAAUGAAUCGGGCGUCUUGAAUCUAGAACGGUUCGAAAUAUUUCUGAAAGCUUUCGCUGCUAACGAUCGUCGUCAUUUUCUGCAAACCCUAGAAGACGAAAGUUUUCUACGUAGUAAAACGGGUCGAGAUCCGCAUGGACUUUUCACGAAGGAGGAGGAGACUGACGGGAAAGUUGAUGACGAGAAAGCUCCAGGCAAUGAAGCAAGUGACAGCGCUGAGCCAGCGGAGCUAUCAUCUGAUGAUGAAGCAGCUUUUAUAAGCAGCGAUGAGGAUGAGUCGGAUAGCGAAGAUAUCGACGAAGAGCUUCCUGAUGGAGGUGUCGAGUCGGCUGCUGACUUGUUGUCACGCUUGAAGACUGAAUCCGAUACUGGAGGUGAUGAUUUUGAUGCCCUUAUGGCGGCUGAACUAAGAGAAAUGGACGACAAAGAAUUUGAAAACGACGUCGAGAACUGUUGGACAAAGACAGUCAGCAACUCAUUUCGACGACAUAAACGACUCUAUUAUCGUGAGAAGAUGAAGUAUGAGAACAUAACCAAGGCUGAGCUUCGACAGCAAGCUGAAGGAUAUGUAAGGGCAAUACAAUGGAACUUGCAUUACUACUACAAAGGAUGUGUUUCUUGGAACUGGUUUUACCCCCACCACUAUUCACCGUAUAUCUCGGAUGUGGUGGACUUUUCGAACGUGGAUAUGAAUUUUGAACUGGGCGAACCUUUCAAGCCAUUUGAACAGCUUCUAGCCGUUCUUCCUUCCGCUAGCGCCGAAUGUCUUCCACCACCUUUUAGGGAUUUGAUGUGUGAUAAGGACUCACCCAUUGCUGACUUCUAUCCAACUGAUUUUCGCACUGAUCUGAAUGGAAAGAAGAAUGAUUGGGAGGCAGUGGUACUCAUCCCAUUCAUUGACGAAGCUAGGCUUCUUGAUGCCGUAAAAACCAAAAUGCCGUUGCUUACUCCAGCGGAAAAUGCCAGAAAUGCUAUAGGCAGUAUCCUUCUUUUCAAGUGCGAGGCGCUGACACCACUAAAGACACAACUGCCAGUGGACACAUUCCACUUGGAAUCAUCGGAAGUCAAAUGGGGAUUACUAUCAAAUGUGAAACUCGAUGUGUUUUUCCCAGGAUUUCCGACCAUGAAACAUCUUCCUCAUACAGCCGAACUCAAACAAGUGAACGUCAAAGUUUUUCAACAAGAAUCUAAGCGUCCAUCCAUGGUUUUGAGUAUUGGAAAAAGAGAGGAGUUGGAGAAAGAAAGUCUGGAAUUGGCAAAAGAAUAUAUUGGCAAGGAAGUUUGCAUCGACUGGCCCUUGCUGAAGAUUGGAUUGGUGGACUCGUUUUGGAUUGACGGCAACAAGUACUCGCGUCAAGAAGAUGGUGAGGUGACUGCAAUUGCGCUUGAUGAGAAUGAGCAGGAAGUACUAAAAACAACGCUUACUUCACAAAAGGAAAGAAUGCUUUCACGCUAUGCUAUCAAUGUCAACAAUGCAAAAGCUGUUGCUUUUGUUCGUCAUUUCGCCGGUGUUACCUAUGCAGUUGAGCAAGGUGUCUUACAUCCACAGAAACAGUGGGUUGGACCUCAAGCAGUUGUUCCUGUUCUGCUUCCGCUUCUUGUAACGAAUGUGAAAGUCGAUAGCGGUGUCAGCCUGCGAGAUAUCCCUGUCUCGGAAGCCUACCCGAAGCAUUCCAAGGUAUUCGCUAUGCUACCAUCUUGGGAAGGAUUUGGAUAUCCAGCACUUGUUGACACAGUGGAUCCCAACGGGAGGGUUCGCCUAACAGUGUCAAUUUGGCCCACAAUAGACUUGUGUGGUUUGCGCAAUGAAUAUAAUGCAUACAGUUUACCAUGGAUGAACAGUUUCGAUGCAGGUCGCAAGAUCGGAGUUGACGGACGCCUUUUGUCACGAAUCACUGGCACUGUCUUUCUUGUCUACGAACAGAAACCCAAAGAUGACAAUGCGGAAGGUGCUCGCAAAGUUGAAGAGAAGAUCAAUAUUGGAUUAUCACUAAAGCUGUCUAAAAGAAAUCAGGAGGUUCCUGAUUAUACUCGUCGCCUUGAAAAUGGGUACUGGCAAUAUUCGAUACUGUGUAUUCAGUUACUCACUAGCUAUAGGAACAAGUUUCGUGAUUUGUUUGCUUUCCUAGAGAAGUCGCAUACUGUUGAUGAUGCAUAUUCAGCCAGCGACAUCUGGACGAAUGAGGAGAAACGUGAGCAGCGUGUAGCUGAUUUGAAGGAGUUUCUUGCAAAUGUUCCCACAAAUGGCAUAGAGAAACAGGAAGGGGGGAAGCAGUAUGCUGAUCGUCUGAUUAUAGGCAAGAUAGAAAACGCUUUGAAGGAGCUUCCUAAAAAGCGUUGGGGAUUCAGAAAAUGUUCCAUUAACCCCAGCGUCCUUUACAAAGCAGAGUUAUAUGAUGGAAAGUGCUGCGCAGAUCCGGACGCUGACUUUCAUGUUUUGGAUCGUGUAGUUUACACGAUACAGGGAAGAUCAGUUCCUUUUGGAUGUCAAGGUACUGUGGUGGGAGUCUCAUCUGGAAAAGUUGAUGUGCUAUUCGAUCAUGAGUUCAACGGUGGUUACAAAAUGAGAGGUGCUAUGAACAGUGGCGCAUGCGUGCCCAAAACUUCACUCAUUAACAUCACGUACGCGAAAGAGAGAAAAGGACGCAAGCCGGAAGCGCUUCUUGGGGAAGCAGAAAAACGUCUCUCAGCUGGGAAAGAGCAGCAGCGAGAAGGGUGUAGGAAGAUGAUGAUGCUUCUGCGAAAAAAUGCAGCGGAAGCAAACAAAACUUCGUUUGCUAAUGCUCCUUUCACCCUGCUCACGAGAAAACCUCGGAGUGAGAAAUCUGUGACAGAAACGCCCACUACCACUCCCUCUAGCACUGCUGCUAUUUUGAGUCAGCCUUCUGGAAGUGUAUUGAAUGCUUCUUCACCUACCACGAACGAGAGUAGCCAUGCCAGUAUGCCCAUGGCGACUGGGAAAGAGACGCAGCAGGAGCUUGUAAGAAAGAUGAUGAUGCUUUUGCGAAAAAAUGCGGAGGAAGCUGGCAAAACUUCGUCUGCCAAGUCUCCUAUCACCUUGCUCGCAAAAAAGUCUCAAGAGGAACACGCUGUGAUGGAUUGUUCCUCUCUUGCUCCACCUGGAACUGCCGCUAAGUCGAUACAGUCAUCUGAGAAAGAUCUAACUAGUACCACUCUAUCAUCUUCUACGAAUGUGUGCAGCCAGUCUAAUACGCCCGCUGUUUCAAAACAGCAGAUGGAAGAUGAGUUGAAUCGUAUGCUAGGUCUCAAAAGUGGAAGAAGCGAUAUUAAUGCACAAAGUGAUAUAGUUGCAAACUUGACGACACCCUCUCCUUUACCUGCUGAGCAUGAAGAUGCAACUCCAGCGCAGCAGAUGCCUACAAAUGCCUUAGCCAAAUUAUUUCCAGCCGCUGUGUCUCAGACAGACGAAAAUAAGGAGGCAAUACCAAGAGUUAUGUCUGCAGCUGCUCAGAAUGUCACACCAGUAUUGGGAUGUAUGCGCUCAGACAGUUUUCCAGUUCCUCGACGAGGUAACUUUGCUCCUAGAGGAAGUACUCAGCGAAGACCUCCACAGGGACGUCAGUACGUGACGAACCCUUUGUUCCAACCGGUGGAUCCACAACCAGCAAAACACGACUUCUUUGGUUCCAGUCGCGCUGUGCACAAUAGCAGUCCAAAGCUCACUGAUCUGAAACCUGCCUCGGUUGUGCUACCAUCACGACAACCACGUCGAAGAAAAGGUGGUAAACAGCCAAGUGGCCCAGCAAAACCACCUCAACAGCAAAAUGUAGUUGUGACUGUGUCUGCCAAUGUCACGACUGACUAUACGACGCCUGUGAUGCCUGCACGAGCUGCUGCCAAUGCGGUUAACAAGGAUCGACGCGCACGUAAAUCUAGAUUAGCGCCGAAAUUCGCAGGGAGUAGUUAAGUGUAAAAAUAAUUUUUCCUUCAUGUACAAUCAUAAUAUAACAAUAGUCAUAAGUCCUGCAUAAGAUUCGCUAAAAGCUCUUCUUGCUGAGAUUUUGGUUUGUGCGAGGGAUCCCUAACAAAGUGUAUCAAAAAACCUUACAAUGCGGGUUCAAACUUCAAUCGAUACUAUCCUUGAUAUGUGGUUUCAUUACUUCCCGUAAUUGAUAUGCAUUAACGGUCUUAAACAUAAAUAUUUUUGCUCAUG